AUGACUUCUGAGAUUCUAUCAGCGAUAAAUAUCCUCACCAGACCGUUUGGCGAGGCCUCUGCUCAGUCCUCGCAGCAGGAGGCCCUCCGGGUCGCUCUAGGGUCCAACAGGGCCCGCCUCCUGCAGCAGCUGCAGAGUGACAGCAGUUUCGAGGAGGUGAGGAAGCUGAGGGAGGAGGUGAAGCUGGCAGCGGACUGGUUCUGUGAGACGGAAGACGUCACGUGGAGCUUUAUUCAGGAGUGUCUUCUUCUUCUCCUCGCCCUCACAAGAUACUUGGCAGAAGAACUAAAGCGCUUCCAGCAGGCUCCGCCCUCCUCUGCAGGUAAACUUUGCACCCCUGAGAUGGCUCCGCCUUUGCCUCCUGAUGUCCUCAGCGUCUUCCAGCAGAAGACGCUCGGAUCUGCCCUCCAGUUUGUUGUUUCUCUGGGACUCUGCCCCUACCUGGCCCCAGGAGUGGGGGUUCCACUGGGUCGCAGGUCUACGUUUGGUGCCAUGGUGGAAACGCUGGUCCGCAGGGAGGUGUGGCCUCCAGCCGGACGCCGCCUCCUGAUCACAACCAGAGUCCUGUUGCAGCUGGCGGAGCUGUCGUCCGUCGCCACGCUGGUGUUCACGCAACACCUGGGGGAUGUGAUGGCGGCGCUGUGUCAGCUGGGCCACCAGCCGGGCCACCAGCCGGGCCACCAGCCGCUCAGUUCUGACGAGCGUCGGGUCUGCAGAGAGGACCUCAGGAACCUUCUGGGAAACGUCUACCAGCCCAUCGUCAUCAAGGAGCUGCUCAUCCUCCAAGGUGGACCCAAACAGUCCGGUCCAGGUGGUUCCAGCAGCAGAGCGGGUCCAGGAUCAGCUCCGGCCUGGCUCAGGCGUCUGUGCGGUCAGCUGCUGUCUGAGCGUCUGAUGCAGCCCAGCGGCGUCCAGGCGGUCGUCAGAGCCGUCCUGGAGGGAGGAACAGGAGGCGCCUCAGACUGGAGGAAAUGUGACGCUGUGGCGAGGAUCCUGUCGGCCUGCCCCCAACAGUCCGCCUCAGCUGACGAGUACUUUAAACUGGUCUGUCCUCAGGUGCUGGACCUCCUGCACUUCAGAGACAAACUGACAGCCCAGCAGUUCCAGAGAGUGGCCACCAGGACGGCGCUCUCCAUGGUGCAGGAGAGGCCCGGCUUGGCUCGGCAGUACCUGCUCGGCCCGCUGCUGUCCCCUCUGGAGCGAUGCAUCGACACCUCCUCCGCUGCAGGGGGCUCGGAGGUCGUGGUGGAGGAGUCUGAGCUGACCCGUUGUGUGGACGACGUGUUCAAGAUCUGGGUGGUCGGAGCGUCCCCAUCAGAGACUCUCCUCGCCGCGCUCCAAGACGUCCUUCCUGUCGUCUUCACACUUUUCAGUUUCACCAAACACAACGUCUCCCACCUCCGCGCCCCCUGUCAGGAGAUCUUGUUGUGGUUCCUGACUCAUUCCGAGUCGUCUGCAGCUCUGUUGGUCCUGCGGCAGCUCUCAGGUCUGCAGGAGCGAAGGAAGGACGUCGCAGCGGACCUCCAGUUCUCUGCAGGAAGUGAUGGCGGCGUCAGGCUGGUCUGCAGACAGAGCUGCAGGGAUGAGGACGAUCAGCUGUAUGAGAAGCUGUCGGGGGAGCAGUGGAGGCUGGAGUGUCUGACGCAGCUGCUGGCUGAACUCAAGGAGAGCGACCUGCCCGGGGAUUUUUUCCUGGCCCUGCUGAAGGAUCUGACCACGUGGGCGGCCACCGCGGACGAGGAGCUGAGGGACGAAGAGCAGGUGGAUGUGGCAGCCAUGACGCUGCUGGAGGCGGAGCAUCGGCUGCUGGGCGGAGCUGAGAGGCGAGCGCGCAGACUGGCUCUGCUUCAGGUGGUGGCUGUGAUGAUCGAGUGUCUGCAGCACACCCAGCUGCUGAGGAAGACCUCGCAGGUGGUGGACUUCAUGGUGUCCUUGCUCCAGAGAGCCUGUGUCGGUCUGGACGUGUCCUCGGAGCCGGGCGCUGGGAACCCAGUGGAGACCCAGACUCUGAGCCUGGGGAUGGGUCUGAUAGCGACUCUCCUGUCCUCGCCUCAGCUCAGUGCCGAGGAUUACUCCUGCAUGUCCAGGCUGCUGCCUCAUCUGCAGACGCUGUCUCUGCAGCACCCCGACCCGCUCGUCCAGGAGCUCUCCUCCAACCUCAGAGCCGUCAUCGCCACUCACGGCGCUUACCGGCCCGAAGACCUCGCUGUUGCCGGUGCGGAUGCUGGCCAGAGCUCCAAACACAGUGAAACCACGCCGGAGAUGAGGAGUGAAGGAAACACCUCGCAGACCUCUGUCAGAACCAACAGCAGACACGCAGAACCCUCCCAGCAUCCUGGUCCGAAAGGUGACCCUGACUCUUCCAAUAAGCCCUUCUCUGAUUGGCUGUUAGAGGCAUGUGACCCAGAUGUGCCAACCAGAGCGUUCGCCUUGAGGAUCCUGACUCAGAAGGUGCAGCGCAGAGACCUUGAGGCUGUCCAGGCUCAGGAGAAAGUCCUCCUGCUCCUCCUGGAGAACCUGGAGCACGAAGACCCAUUCGUCUACCUGUCAGCCAUCCAAGGUCUGGCUGUUCUGGCUGAGUCCUACCCCGACCGCAUCCUGGAGAGGCUCCUGAGAGAUUUCCAGCUCGGACCCUCGCUCCCUUCGCUCGACAAGGAGCGCUCGCUGGAGACCCGGCUGAAGGUGGGAGAGGUCCUGAUGCGGGCGAGCCGGGCCAUGGGAGAAAUGGCGCCCCACCUGGGCCGUCCUCUGGUCAGCGUCUUCCUGCAGGGAACCAAGGAUCCGGAUCAAAGUGUCCGAGCCAGCAGUCUGUCCAACCUGGGAGAACUCUGUCAGAGACUGGACUACUCUCUGGGGCCGCUGGCUCAGGAGCUGAGCUGCUGUCUGACGGCUCUGAUAAAGACGGAGCAGGAGGCCGAGGUGAGGAGAGCUGCGGUCCACGUCAUCGCGCUGCUGCUCCGAGGCCUCAGCCACAAAACCACACAGGUCCUCAGUGAGGUUCUGUUGGACCUGUACCGGGCCCUGAAGUGGGUGGUCCGCUCCGACCCGGACCAGGUGGCGGUUCUUCAUGCUCAGCUGGCUCUGGAGGAGCUGGACGACAUCAUGAGGAGCUUCAUCUUCCCGGAGCAGAAGCUGGAGAAGAAGAUUGUCGUCUUGCCGUAG